AUGCUGCUUAAACCCAACUACAACACCCAUUUCUACUACUCCUUCGACCAAUUGAAGGAAAACCCCCACGUGGUCAACAUUUACCUCGAUUACAACUGCCCGUUCUCCGGCAUCUUCUAUAACAAGUUCUAUGAACAGGUGAUCCCUAAGUUGGAAAAGGCCCACCCGGGCAAAUUCCAAUUCGUGUUUGUCAACGUGGUCCAGCCGUGGCACCCCAACCUGGUGUUCCUCAACGAAUUCGCCUUGGCGUUCGCUAAGCUCUUGAGAGAACACAAGACCCCUGACGCCAACAAGUUGUUCUGGGAGUUUAACAAUGUGGUGUUCCACGAAAAGCAAAAGUUCUACGAUUCCGUCACCCAAGGAUUAAACCGGAACCAGAACUAUGAAAACAUCUACGACGUCGUCGCCAAGAAGUUCAAGUUCCCCUUCGACCGUGACACCGUGUUGAACACUUUGUACAUCAAGGCCAACACCGACGAGCCCAACAACGACGGCAACCUGGCCACCGCCGACAUCAAGUACUUCACCAAGUUCUUGCGGACCACCAACAUCCACGUGACGCCGCUGGUGCAAAUCAAUGGCGUCAACGUCGCCGACAUCGAGCUGUCGACUGCCCCCGACGUCAUGGUGGAGAAGUUCGGCGCCCACUUGUAG